AUGAAUCCCUUAAAUCCUGAAGAGUUCAGAAAGCAGGGCCACUUAAUGAUUGAUUUCCUGGCUGAUUACUAUCAUCAAAUUCAUAAAUAUCCUGUUAGAAGCCAAGUUUUACCGGGCUAUCUCCAGAAAAUCAUACCUGAAUCCGCCCCAUGCAGCCCUGAACCGUUUGAAACAAUUCUCCAAGAUGUACAAAACAAAAUUAUCCCCGGCAUCACACAUUGGCAAAGUCCUAACUUCUUUGCUUAUUUCCCUUCAAGUGGGAGUACUGCUGGUUUACUCGGUGAAAUGCUGAGUACUGGCUUUAACAUUGUCGGAUUCAAUUGGAUGUCUUCUCCGGCUGCAACUGAACUCGAAAACAUAGUUGUGGAUUGGGUUGGACAAAUCCUCCGACUUCCUGAAUCUUUUCUUUUUUCCGGUGGAGGAGGCGGCGUGUUGCAGGGGACCACUUGUGAAGCCAUCAUAUGUACACUUGUUGCUGCAAGAGAUCAAAAGUUAAGCCAAUAUGGGAUGGAAAUAAUAGGCAGCUUAGUUGUGUAUUGCUCUGACCAAACUCAUUCUGCAUUAAAAAAGGCGGCAAAAAUUGUUGGUGUAAAUCCCAAGAACAUACGUUCAAUUAAAACAAGCAAAGCCUCAGAUUUUCAGCUUUUACCAGGGCCACUUAAUCAUGCAAUUUCGACUGACUUGCGAGAUGGGCUGAUUCCAUUAUAUUUGUGUUUGACUAUUGGGACAACCUCAUCAACCGCUGUCGAUCCAGUGGGACUGCUUUCCGAGGUGGCGAAAAACUAUGAAAUUUGGGUUCAUGUUGAUGCUGCAUAUGCUGGAAGUGCUUGUAUCUGCCCUGAGUUCCAACACUUUCUUGAUGGAGUUGAGAAUGUGAACUCAUUCAGCUUGAAUGCACAUAAAUGGUUCUUGACAACUUUGGAUUGUUGCUGCCUGUGGGUGAAGGAUCCCACCGCUCUUACAAAAGCUCUUUCCACCAAUCCCGAAUACUUAAAGAAUCACGCCACUGAAUCAAACAGGGUCAUCGAUUACAAGGACUGGCAACUAAUGCUAAGUAGACGCUUUCGAGCAUUGAAACUAUGGUUUGUGUUGAGAAGCUACGGAGUUGAUAACCUAAGAAAUUUUAUCAGAGGGCAUGUCGAAAUGGCCAAGAAUUUGGAAAGGCUGGUUGUCAUGGACAAAAGAUUUGAAGUUGUGGUGCCUAGGCUUUUCUCAUUGGUCUGUUUCCGGGUUUCGCCAUCAGCAGUUGGACAAAAGAGUGGAGAGGAUGUAAAUGAGAUUAACCGGAAGCUAUUGGAGUCGAUGAAUGGGUCUGGUCGAGUCUACAUGAGCCAUGCAGUGCUAGAAGGUGUUUUUAUGAUCAGAUUUGCUGUUGGAGCAACCUUAACAAAUAUGAGGCAUGUGAGUGUGGCUUGGAAGGUGGUGCAGGAGCAUGCAGACGCCUUGCUCCGUUAAAUUAUACUAUGUCUACGCGCGGUAUCAUG